CCUACUCGUCACUUUUCUAUACCCAUCAUGUUAUAGAUUCAUAGCUCUUUGUUUCAAUCGUUGAGGGAAAACUUCCUCCAAGAGUCCGAACGCAGUGCUGGACACAUCCUCUCUCGCUCACACACACGCACACACACACCAUGGACUACUUCUCAGAGCAAGAUGUCCAUCACACUCCACACGCCGCUCUGCCAACUCCCUCCGACACGCCCUACCACACUCCCGUUCCUUCAUCGAGGCGCUCCUCACGAUUCGGCACUCCCUCACCUCUUCCUCUGUCGUCUUCGCCGCCACCACUUCCACCAGACCCUGCGAGCCAAGCAACAGAUCCUGCAAAUGACGAGAAAAUUUCGAUUCUAGAUCCUCGCCGCUUCACUCCGACUCUACACGCGAAUCUUGUUUCCGAAAUAUUGACACUACGCCGGGAGUUGGACUCCAAGCAUAGAUACAUAGAAGGCAUAGAGACAGACUUGGAAGCUGCAAAAAGCGAGAACGAUGCGCUCAACCAGGAGAUAUCGCAGCGCGAUAAGAAGAAUCGUUCUCUGAAGAGUCAAUUGAAGCACUUUGAAGACGAAACAAUGUCUGCCCUCGACCAAUUAGCCAAGGAAAAGGAAGACAUCACGGCCGCAAACCAGGAGUUAAAGACGAGGCUUGAAGCUUCACAGAAACGAGUGAAGAUCCAAGACGACGAAUCAGAUCGCAUUCAUACCGAAUGGGAGAGGGAAAAGGAGCAAUGGGAAGGAGAGAAGCGCGUGUAUGAGAGACGAGUGCAUGCGACCGAGACACGUCUACGAAUAGUUCUUGACGAGCUAGCUGCCCAACAGCCUGCAGAGGCACACGGUGACAGCGAAGCUGAAGAUGCCACCAUGGACAGUGGGCUUGGCAACGACAGCGAUACUGCCAGCAAUUACUCCAGGUCUGGCAGCCGCACUGAUUCAAUCACCCGCCUCUCCAAGCAUGGCAGGACGAUGAGCAACAGCAGCCACAAGAGCAUCGGCCGCCUCUACAGAUUCUCAACGCAGAGUAUCAACGGCGUUGAAUCUGUUCAAAAGGUCAAUGGAAUGAGUUUGGCAGAUGAACUAAAAUUUGACGAGGAAGACGAAGAUCUCGAGGAAUUCGAGUUGGACUCUGACGACUUUCCGGAGCAUGAAAUGCGAGCCCGUCGGGCUCUGGAGUCACGACAGUCUACUUAUCAGGAUGAGAAGGCCAAGCGGAUUCUGGGCUUGAUGAACGACUCCAAGGCAGAUGCGGAUGUUGAACGUUCCAAAUCCGUCGAGUCUGUCACCACGCGUGCGGAAUCCAGGACGGAGUCGAGGACUGAAGUGAGAGCAGAUUCUCGAAUGGAUCGAGUGCAAAGUUCCUUUGAUUCUACAAACGCUCGAGAUUCGUGCGAUGGCUGGCUACGGUACCGCGGUACACCUUCAACUGUCUACGAAGUCGAAUCAAUCGACACGACUGUGCCGAAGCCCCAGUAUGUGGACACUGGAGUCCAGUACUCGCCUCCGCCUUCACCGGUGUUGGCACCUGUAGACUCAAAGGAUGCAGAGCCUGUUGUAGUUGACGAAUCCUGCAACGCGAACGAAGCACAUGAAGUCGAGGCCAACCAACGCAGGAAACGCGUGUCGCUCGGUCCUCCAAACUCGACCGUUCAACAGUCCUCGGAGCCGAUGCAAGAUGCAGCUGCUAUGGUAUCCAGUUCGAUGCAAACCACUGAUCAUCCCCUCAGUCCUCCAGCCACUCCCAAGCUCGAGCAAUCCCCGCCUCGUAAACUUGGUCUCCUCAAGACGAACGUGUCCACCACGGCUACACAAACUGAUCCAGUGAACUUCGCAGACCAGUCCAAGGACGAAGUCUCGCACUCGAAGAGAUCAGGACCUCCGUCUCCAAUCACAGUUCCUUGCAUCGUAAUCUCGCCCACGCUUUCCGCUCCUUCAUCACCGAGACAGGCAGUUCUGCCACCAAACACCCGAAACAUCGCCGUCCAGGCAUCCUUUGUUCAUUCAGUCCCUAUGAGGUCGGUUUCAGUACAGACUGAGUCCAUCAGGUCAGCUACACGGUUUGCAAAGCUACCCCCCCACCUGCUGCCAUCUGCAAUCCGCUCUACGCCUGGUACUCCCGAGCCAGGGCAAGAACCUGACAACAAGAGCAGGUCUGAGCUAAGCCAGGUGUCAGAGAAGCUUCUCGGCCGUGUUGCUCUGCUUCGAAUGGCGCAUGAGGGCGCUUCAGAUCCACAAAAGUCCGAUGACACGAAAACAGAAAAUAGAUAUCCUGGCAAUAAUGAUAAUGGUUUUAUUGUUCAAAACAAAGGAGAGGGCAUAAGGAGGCCUUUCCGGACCAGCAGCUUAUUCGCCGGUUUCACUGGGGCCAGCUCCGACGAAGAUGAGGACCGGGGAGACGCCAGCGACGAGGAGAGCAAAUCGUCUUUGCGCUCAACAACCACACCUGGCAACCGGGCUCUCAAACAUGGGCGACCGUUUGGUACUCCGCCAACACCGGUUCCUGAGGAAAAUGAAAACUUGUCGAGGUCGAAUUCCAAGGACCUGUCAGGGACCAGCCCACGUGCUUCUGUCGAGAAGCAAGCAAAGAUUGUCAAGCCCUUGCAACGUUCGUCCAGUAGCAAGCGUCUAUCUGGCAGCAUACGGCGAUCUGCACUCAUUCAUAGUGGCAAUGCAGUGCACAUGCAGCGCUCUCGAAGUCCUAGUUUAGGCAGUACUAAUUCUGGCGAUACGCGCCGCUACGUCACGAAGCCUCCAUUCCCAGUCCCAACAAGGUCAAGCUCACGUCGCUUGCCGAUGAGCAAAAGUGAGGGUUCCCAAAGUCCAACACAUCGACCAAAUGGUGCAAUGCCAGGCCGCCUCGGCGGAUACAAGAAGCAUGCUAGACAGGACAGUCUACGUAAAGUUCGCUCAGCUGCUGUCAUCCAGAGAGGUGCUCGUGUCAGGAGUCGCUCACCACCACUAUCUGCCCAGCCAUCGGAAUCCUCUCAAAUUCCCCCAAUGCCAAAUGACGUCGUUGCUUCUCCUCAAUUAUCAUUCUCGAACUCCAAAUUCGGCCACAAGGCUGACCACUCGACAAACACGAUUCUCACUGGCAGUGGCUCCGUCGGCAGUUCGGUGCAGUCCAAUAGCGUUGUAGAUGCGAUAGCAGCCACGAUGGUAGGAGAGUGGAUGUGGAAAUAUGUUCGGAAGCGAAAGUCCUUUGGUGUCACUGAGUCGCCCAAUGAUAUAGCAGACGACGGGAAUGGCGUCAGGCACAGACGCUGGGUAUGGCUCUCACCCUAUGAACGAUCUGUAAUGUGGAGCAGCAAGCAGCCAACAAGUGGAACGGCUCUGCUGGGCAAGAGCGGACGCAAGCUUACCAUUCAGUCCGUACUUGACGUGCCAGACAAUGCUCCGCCACCAAAGAUGACAUCGGGACAGCAAGUCUUUAACCGGUCAAUCCUGAUUUUGACUCCGGCACGCGCCCUGAAGUUUACCGCUGUAUCCAAGGAACGGCACUACCUUUGGCUGACUGCUUUAUCUUUUCUUGCCUCUUCCGGCAACGGCCAUCACGAAGUGGAAACGUCAACCGUCGCAGAUUCGACUCCACCACCAAUCCCCACACGGGCACCACCGGAGAUUCCGAAGCAACAGGGAUCGGUCGCAGUACGCCGACCUCAUAUCCGUGACUCGGUACGUCUAGCGAAGGAGAAAUCACAACCUUCGAUGCACUCUGGGGCAUAUGUCGAGCCUAUCCAAGAAUACUAUUCCUCGAGGGCCAGCCCAUCCAUUUCCGAUGCGGCAUUGCCACCUUGCGUACCUCGCUAUGGACAUGGCCGCAAGAGAAGCGCUACAGGACCUCGCAUCCCGCCGCCUCCUAUCAACACAUCUUUUCGCAGCUUUUCGAGCAACCAAGUACCGCAGAUUCACUCGGCUGGUUUACAGUCUACGGCUUCUUCAGAGUACUACGCCGCUGCCUCGGCUCCUUCUUCGAUCUACAGCCCGCAAAGUGUGGUGACGAGCGGUCGACCGUCGGAGUCCUCGACGAUUGCCCACCACAACUUCUUCGAUGCAAUGGGAACCGUCCGAAUGGAGGCGUUCGUUGCAGAGACUACGCGACCGAACGGUGAAGAGACAACUCUGAUUUCUUCAAUGUGGGGCAACGGGCGCAAGCCAAUUGGCAGAAAACGCAACAACAGCCAGUGGAGCAGCAGCACCAACGAGGGCCACCGAAUGCUCGAAGAACUCGGAUACGACCCCCAUGAUCCAUUCAGGGGAUUUUGAGCAGUCAAUUGCGCAGCACUGCAGCCUACGUUCAUUUACGAGUCCAGUCACUAGCCAAACGCUUCCUAUCUUUCCUUUGCUCUCUCUCGUUUAUCCGCCCUACAGGGCGCACCACAAACCUAAUUUCCUUUUUCCUGUACAAUCAUCAGGCCUACCAGCCAGCCAGCCAGCGUCCGCCUUUUUUUUUCGCCU